GUUCGGUCACACUACACUAGCAGAUUUAGUUUAGUCAUUCUAUCGUAUAGCAAAUGGAAAAAUAAAGAGAAAUUGCCAAUUUAGAAGGCAUUAGUAGAAAAACAAACAAAAAGUAUAAAAAAAUAUCAAUAUGCCAGACUACCUGGGAGACGAUCAGCGCAAGGUGAAGCACGAAGAAAAAGAGGAUAAGGAGAUAAAAUCCCUGGACGAGGGUGAUAUUGAAUUGUUGAAAACCUAUGGCCAGAGCCAAUACCACAAAUCGAUUAAGGCUAUUGAGGAGGAUAUUCAGAAAGCGGUGAAACAGGUCAAUGAGCUCACUGGGAUCAAGGAAAGCGACACAGGUCUGGCACCGCCCGCUCUCUGGGAUCUGGCGGCGGACAAACAGAUCUUGCAAAAUGAACAACCCCUCCAAGUGGCAAGGUGUACCAAGAUAAUUAAUGCCGACUCUGAUGAUCCCAAAUACAUUAUCAAUGUGAAGCAAUUUGCCAAGUUUGUGGUAGAUCUAGCCGAUUCUGUGGCCCCCACCGAUAUCGAGGAGGGCAUGCGAGUUGGUGUUGAUCGGAAUAAAUACCAGAUUCAUAUACCAUUGCCUCCAAAAAUUGAUCCAACAGUGACAAUGAUGCAGGUGGAAGACAAACCAGACGUCACUUAUAGUGAUGUAGGUGGUUGCAAGGAACAAAUCGAAAAACUACGAGAGGUUGUCGAAACCCCAUUGCUGCAUCCGGAAAAGUUUGUCAAUCUUGGAAUCGAGCCUCCAAAAGGUGUGCUGCUCUUUGGUCCUCCCGGCACUGGUAAAACGCUGUGCGCCCGUGCAGUGGCCAAUCGGACAGAUGCCUGCUUUAUUCGUGUCAUUGGCUCCGAGCUGGUGCAAAAGUAUGUGGGAGAAGGUGCACGCAUGGUUCGCGAACUAUUCGAAAUGGCUCGCUCCAAAAAGGCAUGCCUCAUAUUCUUCGAUGAAAUCGAUGCCAUUGGUGGAGCACGAUUUGAUGAUGGUGCUGGCGGAGACAACGAAGUACAGCGUACUAUGUUGGAGCUAAUUAAUCAGUUGGAUGGUUUCGAUCCGCGUGGCAAUAUCAAAGUUCUCAUGGCCACAAAUAGGCCCGAUACUCUAGAUCCGGCACUCAUGAGACCAGGUCGAUUAGAUCGUAAAGUGGAAUUUGGCCUGCCCGAUCAGGAUGGACGAUCGCAUAUAUUUAAGAUUCAUGCCCGCUCCAUGUCCGUUGAGCGGGACAUUCGUUUCGAUCUGUUGGCUCGAUUAUGCCCCAAUUCGACUGGUGCCGAGAUUCGGUCUGUUUGUACGGAGGCUGGCAUGUUUGCCAUUAGGGCGCGUCGCAAAGUGGCCACCGAGAAAGAUUUUCUUGAGGCGGUCAAUAAGGUCAUCAAGAGUUACGCCAAAUUCAGCGCCACUCCGCGUUAUAUGACCUACAAUUAAUUAAGCAUUUGCAUUAUAUUCUCUGGUCUUUUUUUGAGCAGCUGGAAAAUAUUAAGUAAAUAACUAUUAGUAAUGAAAAGUAAAGAAGAAAAUAAACGUUCAUAAAUAACUCAA